UGUCUUGUACCCCGUUCGCGGCUGCAAUGAUGUAAUUCCCACAUUCCUACUAUAGGUAGAGCAGGGACUAGUCGAGGGGAAGGUUCAUCGCGUGAUCGCAGGUCAAUGGAAAAAUAAUUAGGAGCUGCAUACUUUCGUUGUUUGGUGCAAUCAAAGAGAGAAACUAGAAAAUAAGAGAGAAAUAUGUGGCUAGAGGAAUGUGACAGCUUCGCCGAACUAUGCCGAGGAUACUUACCGUACUAUUUACUGAUAAUUCUGCCGAUCUUUAUUAUCAUUUCUCCGGUGAAUCCAGUUGCCGCCUCGCACGAAUUUCCCGUCUAUCGAAUGCACCAGUAUGACUUGCACGGUGUACCGCACGGUUGCCGUAGCGCUCCAGUUUCUCUGGAAGCAAGAUCUCUCACAGGAUGGAGCACUUCCAGGCACUGCGUAGUGACGAAAGCGCUGAGUCUUACUCCGAGUCUGUUUCAUGCUAUCAAGCACAAGGCUGGAGCUUUGAUAGUGAUCUUACCAGAAAGACUCACCGAAUUGACGUUGGAGGAGAAACAGCAUAUUAUGAGUCUAGAAGAGUCUAUGAUGUUUGGACCGGAGACAACAAUACCAGUGUAUUUUACUUCAUGGCAUCCUGAUCUACAGACAAUCUUGGAUGACCUAUCUAAUGGUUUUAUCACUGAUGAGAAAGCUGGAUCUGCAGCUGAGGCGAUGUUCAAUUCUAUAUCAGCUAGCGGUUAUCAGGUAGUAGUGGCGACUGGACAGGCAUUAGCCAAGACGGAUGUAAAAGUAGCCACUUUGCACGGGAAAUUGACUGGUACUGGAGCAGAGGAGAAGUUACCAACUAUAGCCUUGGUAACGCAUUAUGAUAGUGCCGGCAUCGCACCUGAGUUAUCUUUCGGCGCAGACAGCAACGCAUCGGGAGUAACAAUGCUAUUGGAAAUAGCACGAUUAUUCUCCAGUUUGUACUCCACUAGUAGAUCGAGACCGCAAUACAAUCUGGUGUUUAUUGUGACUGGUGCUGGUAAACUUAAUUACCAGGGUAGUAAAAAAUGGUUGGAAGAUCAAUUGGAUGGACUUGAAGGCUCAAUAAUCCAAGACGCAGCGUAUGUCAUUUGUUUAGACACGGUAUCCACCAGUGAUAAUCUUUACGUGCACGUCUCCAAACCGCCUAAAGAAAAUUCCACGGGUGGCCUUUUUUACAAGGAACUUAAAACUGUGUCUGAGUUGUUAAACGUUACCACUGUCGAAGGCAUACAUAAAAAAAUUAAUCUGGCUGAGGAAACGUUGGCUUGGGAGCACGAGAGAUACAGCAUUCGUAGACUGCCAGCCACGACUCUGUCCAGUUUGAAAAGCCACGAAGAUCCAACCAGAACAACGAUUUUAGACGUUAUACAAACAGGGCAGAUAGACAAAUUAUACAAACACACGCAAAUAGUCGCAGAAGCGUUAGCGAGACAUAUAUACAAUUUAAGUUCUAGUCAGAUUUUCAUUGAUCCACUGGGGGUUUCUAAGGAAUCAUUAUCUUUGUGGUUUAAUUACUUAGCGUCGCAACCAAGGGCUGCUCCGUUAUUGGCAGAUAAAAAUAACAUGUUAGUUGGUACGUUAAAAGAAGCAAUGGCUAGAUAUUUGGGUGAUGUUAAAGUUACUUUGCACAGUCCUGACAAACAGGAUCCAGAAUUUGUAUUUUACGAUGUUACAAAAGCAAUGCUGAACGUAUACAGUGUAAAACCAGCUGUAUUCGAUCUUUUUCUUACAAUUGCUAUCAUUAUAUAUUUGGGGAUAAUUUAUGUGAUCGUCCAUAAUUUCCCGCGUGCGUACACUUUAGCAACUCGUUUCUCUGUAAAAAAUGUGAAGUCGUCGUGAAAUUGCGUCAAACUUCGUUCAUCCUUUAACAUAAAUUUAAUAUAUAAUGAGUAAGUGUAAAGAUCAAAACUGUCUGUACAUUAAUUCUUAUUCACAUUAGCCUUAAAUUAAAGAUCGUCUACACGUUGUAUCUCGA